CUGCGCAGGCAGGCAGCCUGCAGAGGUGUAACCGCAGCCUAACCUUACCUUUUUCUGUAUAUUUAAUAUAUAUAUAAUAAUGUCAACAAAACUAAAGCUCUAGAAGUUGAUUAUAGGUACAAAAAUCAUGUUAAAAAGAUAUAAAUGUUAAACAAAUUACUUUUUAUAUUUAUAAGUGAUAACAAAAUGACAGGUUUCAGUAGGAUUUUAAAAAAUUAAACACGAUGUGUUUACAAAUUACGAUUAUAUGAAGAUAAAUAUAAUUGUUUUGUAAACUUACAAAACAAUGCAUUUUUCUAUACCAAACACCCAAGAAUUAUUAGACCAAUCUGGAAACAGUUUUUUGAGAUUUUUAUUUUGACAGGGGUAUAAUAUACAUAUAAACGGACUAUUCCACUGCACUGUAAGAUACAAACAAUUUCACAAUUUACACGAGAAGAUAAUUAAAGACUUUGACGCAAUUCUGCUGUCUUUUCCACCUAAAAAAUUUUUUCCCCUAACUGUUAAUCAACAGGAAGAUCGCCGCAGAGCUCUUGAGAAAUAUAUGCAAACAUUAGGACAGAACACAUCAAUUGUUAAAUCAAGAUUGUUAAAUGCAUUCUUACUCAAUGCUCAAAUCGAAACAAAUGGAAGUACCAUAAAAUCUGAGAAUUUCAAUGUAUAUUUGUACAAUUGGCAAAAAAUUACACUUGAAGUCGCAAAUACUGACAACUCAAAACAGAUUUUAAAAAAACUCUGUCGCCAUAUUAAACUACCUGAACGAUACGAUUCCUAUUUUUCACUUUUUAUUACUUUACAAGACGAAGAUGCCAGUGUUAAUAUUAUUCGUAAACUUCAGGAUUUUGAAUCUCCCGUUAUAACACAUAAAGCUCUUCAAAGAAAUGACAUGAAAGUAAUUUUUGGAAAAUGGUUUUGGGACAUUAAUUACGAUUUGGAAUUGAUGCAUGAUCCCGUAGGACUUAAUUUAUUGUAUAUUCAAGUAGUCGCUGAAGUAGAGCGAGGGUGGAUUAUUAUUCCAAAACAAAGAAGGCACCAGCUAUUUUUACUUUGCCAACAUACUGCAAAAAAAGAGUAUUUAACUGUAGUUCGAGGAUUAAAAUACUAUGGGUAUAUACAAUUUACCCCUUGCAUAUGUGAUUAUCCCAAUAUGGGUACGAAAGUGCAGGUAGCUAUAGGUAUGAAUGAAUUAACUUUAAAGAUGCUUGAAAUAAAAGACGAGGAUCAAGAAGCGGUAUUUAGAGUAACUCGUAUGCGUUGUUGGAGAAUUACAACAUUAAACAAUGAUGAAGACAAAUGUAAGGAAAACUUUGGUUCCAGUUUAGAAUUGUCGUUUGAGUAUCUCAUUUCUAAAAAUCAUUUGCAAUGGAUUAGAAUUUCUUCUGAACAGUCAAUUUUAAUGUCUCUAUGCUUACAGUCCAUGAUUGAGGAGUUGAUAUUAAAAAAUGCAGAUGAUUGUGAACCUCAGAAUACUGAAACCGGAUCAUUCGCUAAACAACCUAUAAUGAAAAAUGUGAGUGAGGAAAUUGGAUUAAAGAAGAACAAAAUUACAAGAAAAGAUUCUAAAAUAUUAUCUAAUUUACAUAGAAUUGACUGCAAUAAGAUGGAAAACAAUGCAUUUAAUUUAAUUGGAGACGAUGAUCUAUAAGACAACAGUUGUGAUGUGAAUAAAUGUGAAUUGAAUUUCUCUAAUUUGAAAUUUUCAGUUAAAAAACCAGAUAAGAACAGGAUAUAAACAGUAUUAAGAGGUUAUGAAGGUCAAAACGGCCAAAGAACGUAUGUUUCUUCAGUACUUUUUUAACAGAAUAAAUACACUUUUUUAUUUAAGCACUUUUAUAUAUUAAAGCACAUUAUUAAUUAAGUAACUUGCUCUUACCAGUUUUUCUAUUCCUCUUAUUUGCUUACGAAAAUUCUCAAAAUUCAGGCCCGUUGCAACAGGUUUUUUUAGACCCCUUUCAAAAAAGUACUUUUGAUGUAGUCACAAUAUCUUCUGACUACUUCAUCGAAAAUAGAAAACCCUAAAUUUUCUGUUUGUAGGUGAGUAUAGCUCGUAAUUCACCAAAGGGUUUUAAAGUAUUAUUUGUAAAAAAAACUUUACGUCAAAAUAUUCAAAA